AAGCCAGAGGCCAGAUCAAAGCGGGUGGCCCCGCGGCUGGGGGGGAAGCGGGGCCAUGGCUGAGGCCGCCCAGCCCACUGGGGAAUCCCAAGGCGCAGAACUUACUAUCCAGAUCCAGCAGCCUGUGGAGAGAGCCCUGAGGACGCCGGUCAGGCGGGGUGCACAGUCCGUGCUCAGAGUGUCCCAGCUGCUGCUCAGGGCCAUUGCUGGCCACCAGCGCCUGACUCUGGCUGCACUCAAGAAGGAGCUGGGAAACGCCGGCUACGAAGUGCGCAGGAAGAUCUCCUCUCACCAAGCGGGGGACUCCACCAGGUCGGAGAAAUACACGCUCCUGAGGGUCAGUGGCAGCGACGCUGCAGGCUACUUCAGGGUCUGGAAAAUUUCAAAGCCUAGGAGAAAGGCGCCACGAUCCCGGUUGACACUGGGCAGCCACUCUCAUGGGAAGACUGUGCUCAAAUCCCCAAGACCACUCAGGCCCCGCUCGCGUCGCAAGGCGGCCAAGAAGGCCAGAGAAGUCUGGAGACGCAAGGCCAGGGCUUUGAAGGCAAGGUCCAGGAGGGCCAGAUCAUUGGCCAGAUCAAUGGUCAGAUCAAGGGCCAGCUCAAGGGCCAGCUCAAGGGCCAGGUCAAGGGCCAGGUCAAGGGCCCGGUCAAGGGCCAGGUCAAGGGCUAGGUCAAGAGCCAGCUCAAGGGCCCGGUCAAGCGCCCGGUCAAGCGCCCGGUCAAGCAUCAGGUCAAGAGCCAGGUCAAGGGCAAGGACAAGGGCCAGGUCUAGAGCUAAGGACCUAGUGCGUUCCAAGGCCAGGGAACAGGCUCGUACCAGAGCCAGGGAACAAGCUCAUGCCAGAGCCAGGACACACGACUGUGUCAGGGCCAAGGCACAGGAGUAUGUCAGGGCCAAAGAGCAGCAGUACGUCAGUGCCAAGGAGCAGGAGUAUGUCAGGACCAAGGAGCAGGAGUGUGCCAAGGCCAGGGAACAGGUGCGUAUCGGAGCCAUGGAGGAAGCCAGGAUCAAGGCGAUCGACAACAGAGUACAGUCUACCAUGGAAGAUACCAGUCCUUGGUCUACAGAUGAGAUGAGGUCAAGAACCAAACCUAGGGAAGAAAAGAGACAGGAACCCGAGAGGCCAGGAAAACAAACCAACCAGAAGCUAGCUGUGGUCAAAGUAGACAACGCUCCCAGCAGACAAGGAAAAACAUGCACAAAGACUUCUACUAAAAGUGGUCAUCCUGGGUGCUCAGGGACUUAACGCCAGGGCUGUUCCUCUGGGCACUGUUGCCUUUUCAGAUGGGCUCCAAGGAGAUCGACUCUCUUUCAUUGAAGCAAUUU